AUGGAUAUUUCUCAACAUCCGGACAUCACCAGCUUGCUUCUCAAGCCAGAUAACCUUCCAGGAGAGGAUGUCGAAGGAAUGGAUUACUCACGAUGUGUGGCUCUACACAACUACCUGAUCCAAUAUGCUUGGCUCGCUGAAGGCCGUCCACUGUCAACUCUGAAUGUCAACAGCACCAACUUUUUCACGGUCCACGGUGCUGAAGCUGAGGCUCUUCGUCCAAGACUUGAUCCGUCGAUGGUGGCUUUCCUUGACAACGCUAUAAUACCUCUUUGGGAAGGAUUUAGCGAAACGCCACUCUCUAUUUUCGCAUAG